UUUCCUGAACCGUCGCGAAAACAAAAAUAAUAUAAAGCUAUUUUAUUUGAAUGUUGUCUAAACUUCUGAAAUGUCAAACAUCUAGUCAUGUCAUGUUGGCAUACGGCAAGAUAAAUAAUAGAAAUCCCUGGAGUUUACAAUAGUAAUUGCAAAAACAAAGUGUGAAAGUGGUAGAACAGUAUUUAAGUUAUAAUUUACCUGAAUCGCCGAGAACAACAACUUUGACCUUUUCAAUCGCAGCCAUAAUAUAAAAAGUUAAAAUACGACUCCAGUAUUAUGACGGAAGAACGACUGGUCACGGAGGUGCCUAGUAGUCUGAAACAACUUGCAAGACUUGUUGUACGUGGAUUUUAUACAAUAGAAGAUGCUCUAAUUGUAGAUAUGCUGGUGAGAAACCCCUGUAUGAAAGAAGAUGACAUAUGUGAACUUUUAAAAUUUGAGAGGAAGAUGUUACGUGCUAGAAUAGCGACCUUAAAAAAUGACAAGUUCAUCCAAGUCAGACUAAAAAUGGAAACAGGUCCCGAUGGCAAAGCACAGAAGGUUAACUAUUAUUUUAUAAACUAUAAAACAUUUGUGAACGUGGUCAAGUAUAAAUUGGACCUUAUGCGCAAACGCAUGGAAACUGAAGAGCGAGAUGCCACUAGCCGCGCCAGUUUUAAAUGCCCCGCUUGCGGCAAGACAUUCACAGACCUAGAGGCCGACCAGCUCUACGACAUGAUGACUCAAGAAUUCCGAUGCACAUUUUGCAACCAAGUCGUAGAGGAAGACCAAUCCGCACUACCAAAAAAAGAUUGUAGGUUACUGCUAGCUAAGUUUAACGAACAAUUGGAAACAUUAUACGUGUUAUUACGUGAAGUGGAAGGAAUCAAAUUGGCACCAGAAAUAUUGGAGCCUGAACCAGUAGACAUAAACACAAUUAGAGGAUUAACAAUGAAGCAGCCACUAGCCCGGCCGCCUGGCGAACAGUGGUCGGGCGAGGCGACUCGCAAUCAAGGCCUCGCGGUUGAGGAAACGCGCGUCGACGUUACAAUCGGCGAGGCUGAUAACUCCAACGACGCCUUGGCGCAUAGGAAGGAACGUCCCGUUUGGAUGGUGGAAAGCACAAUCGUCACGAAUGACCAAGGCGACAGCGUCCAUUCUACUGAUGCCGCUCUCGAAAAAGCAGCAAGUAACGCAAGUAAUGCUAAAACAUCAGGAAAAGAAAAGAACGAUGAUAUUAUGUCUGUUCUGCUUGCUCACGAGAAACAAAACACAGGUAGUUCAGCUGCGAGUGCGUUAAAAGGUUUAGAAGCAGAAAGUUCGGACUCCAGUGAUGACGAGUCGAAAGAUCCGUUCAAACUCAAAGACGAGUUGGCUGCUGUCGCUGAAAUGGAAAGCGAUGACUCGGAUUCAGAGGACAAUGCCCCAACAGUGCUGGUGAACGGCAAAGCAGUACCACUCACAAAAAUAGAUGACACCAUUAUCGCACAAAUGACACCUUCGGAGAAAGAGACAUAUAUACAGGUGUACCAAGACUAUUACAGUCAUAUGUACGAUUAAACCUUUUGUCUACGAUGCAUACUAUUACAUACCCAAUAAAUUCGACGUUAAAAAGA